ACAUACUCUUCAUUCGACACACACAGAAUUUUUCUAAGUUCCAUUUUAUGUGGCGAGGCGAGACUUUGAAAAAUUUUCAUAGCACUUUUGCCUUAGCCGUGCACCUCGUUGCUUUUACAUUUUUGUUUCGUGUUAAGUGGCCGAAAGAAGAAAUCUUUAGCUGCUAAUCGAAGCAGAGUAGUGUGUGCGUGGAAUCUUCCGAAUUUUUUAUCGUCGAGACUGAAAAAAUGAGCGUGGAUGUGGCACCCGAGAAUGACAUCAAGACUCAGAAUGGGCUCUCUGAGGUGGUGCAGGUGAAUGGAGUUAGUAACGGCCAUCACAGCAGUAGUAGUGGCAGUAGUAAACAUAAAUCUUCGAGCAAGGACAAACAUCGCGACAAAGAGCGUGACCAUAAAAGUUCGAGUUCAAGUUCAAAGGAUCACAAGAGUAGCAGUCGCGACAAAGAUAAACACCAUAGCAGUUCAUCGUCCAGCAGCAAGGAUAAGCAUCGCGAUAAAGAACGCGAUGGCAAGCACAGUUCCAGUUCAAGUUCGAGUCAUCGAGAUAAAGAACGUGACAAAGACAAGGAUAAACACAAAUCAUCAUCAUCGUCCUCGAGCUCUAGCCAUCAUAAGAGCUCUUCAAGGGAUAAAGAUAGAAAAGAUAAAGAUCGCGAGCGCAAAGAGAGUAGUAGCUCCUCAUCGAGCAAAGAUAAAGAUAAGGAACGUGACCGAAACCACAAAUCAUCAUCAUCAUCCUCAUCAAGCUCGCGUGACAAAGACAAGGAUCGUCAUCGCAGUUCAUCUUCUUCGAAAAGCAAACAUUCCAGUUCUAGUUCUUUGAAAUCGUCAUCCGGUGACAAACCAAAAUUAGUCGAUGGGGAAUUUAUUAAACCAGAACCCAUCUCACAACCAUUAACUGAUUCGCAAUCGAAUGGUUAUAAUACUGAUUUUGUUGCACUCCGACCGGAACCAGUCGGAAAUGAUUAUAUGGAUGAAUCCAAUAGUGGAUUUGAAAAUAGUCACGCUAAAGAUGGUUAUGAGGAGAAACCCUAUAUAAAAAUGGAAGAACAAAAUGUAAAUAUUUCGCAGGCCAGCUCAUGUGACUAUUCAAUGUCGCAAUUUAAAGAGGAUGAGCCGGCGUUUGUCGUUAAGGAGGAGGCAAGUGGUGAUGAAGAUAGUUUGUACAAACAGGAGGGAAACGCAGACUGUGAAGACGAUGACGAAGAUGUCCCGCUGGCUAUGCGUAUAGCAAAUACUAAAACAACGGCACCAGUUGUUCAGGACGAUGAUGAUGAUGAAGAGGAUAUACCAUUGGCGAAGCGUAAAAUGAAGGCCGAAGUGGAAGAUGACGAUGAGGAUGUGCCAUUAUUGGCGCGGAAGAAGAUCAAGAAAGAAUCGGCUAGCAAGACUAAAAAUAAAAAGAAACGCGUCAAAGAAGAGGAGGAGGAAGAGUACGGGGAGACCAAACCCAAAAAGAAAAAGACCAAAAAGGUCGAACAAACGCAAGUUAAGCAAGAGGCUGCUUCGCCCACCAAACGCAAGAAGAAAGAAGAAGAGGAAGAAGUCUGGAGAUGGUGGGAGGAAGAGAAGCGCGAAGACGGUGUUAAGUGGAAUACAUUAGAGCACAAGGGACCAGUUUUUGCACCACCAUAUGAACGUGUGCCGAAGAAUGUUCGUUUCUUCUAUGAUGGCAAACCGUUGGAUCUGUCUUCUGAAACUGAAGAGGCAGCCACUUUCUAUGCCAAAAUGUUAAACCAUGACUAUUGCACAAAACAGAUUUUCAACGAUAAUUUCUUCAAGGACUUCCGCAAGACGAUGACAUCGAAAGAACGCGAAAUUAUAAAAGACUUCAACAAGUGUAAUUUCGAAGAAAUGUUUAAAUUCUUCACGGCAGAAUCUGAAAAACGUAAGAAUGCAACUAAAGAGGAGAAACUGGCCAAAAAAUUGGAAAAUGAAGCAUUAGUGAAAGAGUAUGGCACAUGUAUUAUUGAUGGCCACAAGGAAAAGAUUGGCAAUUUUAAAUUGGAACCACCAGGUCUGUUUCGUGGUCGUGGCGAGCAUCCAAAAAUGGGCAUGAUUAAACGACGUAUUCAGGCCGAAGAUGUCUCCAUUAACUGUGGAAAGGAAUCGAAAAUUCCCCCACCGCCAGAGGGCCACCGGUGGAGGGAGGUACGCCACGACAACACUGUAACUUGGUUGGCUUCAUGGACUGAAAAUGUGCAAGGCCAGGUGAAAUACAUUAUGUUGAAUCCAUCAUCCAAAUUGAAAGGCGAAAAGGAUCACGUAAAAUAUGAAACUGCACGCCGUUUAGCAAAAUCCAUAGAUAAAAUACGUGCCACAUAUCGCGAGGAAUGGAAAUCAAAGGAGAUGCGUGUGCGUCAGCGUGCUGUUGCAUUGUAUUUCAUUGACAAAUUGGCACUAAGAGCGGGUAAUGAAAAGGACGAAGACCAAGCCGAUACCGUCGGCUGUUGUUCACUUCGCGUUGAACACGUUAAAUUGGAAAAGCAUUUGAAUGGAAAAGAGAAUGUCGUUGUGUUCGACUUCCUUGGCAAAGAUUCAAUUCGUUAUUACAACGAAGUUGAAGUCGAGAAACGCGUAUUCAAAAAUCUAGAACUUUUCUUGGAGAACAAAAAGGAUGGCGAUGACCUUUUCGAUCGUCUAAACACUCAAGUUCUCAAUGAACAUUUGAAGGAGCUUAUGGAAGGACUCACUGCCAAAGUGUUCCGUACCUACAACGCAUCAAUUACGUUACAAAAACAAUUGGAUUUACUUACUGAAGAUAGUAUGUCUCCUGCAGAGAAGUUGCUUGCCUAUAAUCGCGCUAAUCGUGCAGUCGCCAUAUUAUGUAACCAUCAACGUUCGGUACCGAAGGGACACGAAAAAUCAAUGGAAAACUUGAAGGAGAAGAUACGCCAGAAGCGUGAGUUGAUUGAAGACGCUGAGUCUGAAUUUCAUGAUCUUAAGAAAGCCGCUAAACGCGGUUCGGUAAAAGAACGGGUUAUGGCUGACAAAAAAGCUAAGCAAUUGGAAAGAUUAAAGGAGCAGCUAAAGAAAUUAGAGCUUCAAGAGACUGAUAGGGAUGAGAACAAAACGAUCGCACUGGGCACUUCAAAGCUUAACUAUCUAGAUCCGCGUAUAACUGUCGCAUGGUGCAAAAAGCAUGGCGUCCCAAUCGAGAAGAUAUUCAAUAAAACUCAAAGGAAUAAAUUCAUGUGGGCUAUACACAUGGCUGACGAAAACUAUCGCUUUUAAGUGAACACCCAUGCAUUGUACGUAAAUAGCGUCGAAGAGCACUUAUUUCAAAGUCCAGAAUGACUUAAACCUAUGAGGAGAGUUGAAGUUUAAAUGCAGCGUGCUCCGAGUUAGUAUGCUGCAGAACUACUACCACCACCCACCACUUAACACCGUAGAUGAACGCAUGAACGAAUUGAAGAAUUGAAGCGAAAAUAAUAUCAAAAUCGGCGGCAUAAUGAGAUAGUAUAGUCGGAAGAAGUAGUUCGUGGCACUUAGAUAUGCAUCAAACUAACGCGUAGUAUGUGUACGAACCACUAUAUAUACAUAUUAUUUAUAGUAUAACAUUUAAGAAGUAAUGAAGUUAUUUCAUGUGUUAUUUCAUAUGAUACACACGUAACAAUUCUUGCAAUACAUUUGCAUACAUAAUUACAUAUGUUUACCUUGAUACUACAUAUGUAAGUAAAUAGGAAUGGGUUGCCAUUUAAUGCGUGAAUGAUGGCAUUAGAACGUUCUCUUUAUUAUCAUGCACACACAUAUAUGCACACACUUUGAAUUAAACGCAUGAGCGUUUAACGUUAGACAUUUUUGAAAUUUGGUUCUAUUUAUGAAACGGAACAAAAUUAUAAAUAAUAGAUGAAAAUACUUAAAACCCACAAAAGGGCAACGCAGAAAAAAGAAAAAAAAAUGUAGCGCUAAAACAUGUUUUACUGCAACAAUGGUGAAAAUUAACUAGGUUUUAGUGAAAAUUUUAUAAAGAAAAAAUACAAUUGUGUUUACUUUUUUGAUUUUUCCUCAAGGAAGGACACAUCCAUGCACAUACA